AUGAUGGGCAUCGGUCUGUGCACCUAUGAGUCAUCCAUCGUGAAGGCUCUGCCGGCCGUGAUGACGCAGGACAUGCCCAAGGGUGAUACAGCAGUUCCCGAAUGCGCGUUGCGCACCACCACUGGGGACAAGUACUGCGGACUGGUCUGCCGAUCCGACUCAGACUGCGGAACUGGCUCCUGCCAGACCAGCCUAGGGGUCGGCCUCUGCACCUACGCCGCCGCGGAUGCAGCGCACCCGCUGCAACUUCUUCCUGCCGAGGCGGCACAGAUCAUCGUCUAA